UUUUAUUUGCACAAAAAUAUAAAUACUAUGAAAGUUUCAAAAGUCCCUUAAAUUUUUUUUCUCUAAAAUAUCUUCUCGCUACAAGUAAAUUUCAAAAUGGAAAAAAUGGAACAAAAAAACGGUUCACAACAAAGUGUAAAGGCACUCUUAUAUUUCGCAGUAAUGUCAGUCUUUUUAAGAGCAUCAUUAUCAGGACCAAAUACUAUCAGUCCACAACACAACAUACACUAUGAAACUCUAGUUGGCACAUCUGAACCAACGACUGAAAACCUGUUGGCAACGAACAUAAGUUUAACACCAAACGACGAAGAAACUAAAGCAAUUUAUCAGGUUGCUUUAUUACCCACGAAUAACGCUGGUGUAUUCAGUGUUGUAUUAGCAAGCGCUGCGACAUUUUUAAAUCUAACAUGAAUUAUCUUUAAAAAGAUAUCAGAAUUUUAUUAAAGAUUUUACUCUAGAUUUUUGUUUUACUUUUACUUUUCCUUUUAACAUCAUAUUUACAUAUAGAUUGUAUAUACAUUCAUAAAAAAAUUAGUAUACUAUUAUACUAGUAGGUGGGUUUUAUGGUUUAUUUAUUACGUGGCUAUAAUAUGUUGGUUAUAAUAUGUUGGUUAUUUCGUCAUCCAAAGGAAUAUUCUACAUAGAAAGUGUGGGCAAAUUUUACAAUCCCCCUUAUUUCUAAUAUAAAUAAAUAUCAUGUGAGGUUUUUUGGGU